AUGCCGAGACAUCUACCGAUUGGGGAUCGAUACACUAUUGGACCUAGAUCAUCUCUACGAUCGGCUCUGGAUCGAGGCUCCAACCGAUCCGAGAGUCGAAACACUAUCGAGGCCGGAUCAAGACUCCACGGAUUCGCCUAUGCUUCCGGAUCAGACCCUAUCGAUCUCCUAUUGAGCCAAAACGAGUCUCUACCGAGGGAAAAGAAUGAUGAUGAGCUAAGCAAAAUGAGGGAAAAGAAUAAUGAGUUGCAAACAGAUGAUCAUUCUUAA